CUGAUGAGAGACCCUCUUGACUGGUCUUAUUACUCUCACCCUUACAGACCAGAGCGAUAGCGGUAGGGGCUGGGGAGAAUUAGCUCGCCUCGAAACUUUAAUGAGAACUCAUCAUCCUCUAAAUGUAAGCUAGGGAUUCGAAGGAGAGAAUGAAACGCCUAAUGGAAGCAGGAAGCUUACUGCGUCCCAUUUCAUGGAUGCCAAGGCCGCUCCCUAUUCGUCGUCUCUUCUUCCCCAAUUUCCCUCGUUCCGUCAAGGCUUCUUCAAAGUUCCCGGUUACAGGGGACCGAAGCCCAAGAGGGAUUGGGUCGCCGAGUGGGUUUCAAGAAACGACGAUGUUGUUCGCAGCUUGCCCAUUUACGUUGGAGGCUUCUCUCUCUUCGUUGUUCUCUUCAACCGCGCUGCUUCAGGCAUCGCCCCUGUUGCAGAUGCCAGCAGCAGUUCGCAGUCCAGGGCUGAUUUACUGACUCUUGGUUUGGCUGUUACCAAUGUUCUUACUGGUCUGGUGUGGCUAUCUAUCCGACCAAAAUCUAUUUCCUUGGUAAAUCCUCAAGGUGUAGAAUGUCAGAAGAUAUGUUCUGAUCUUCCUGACUAUGUAGUUUCUGAAUUGCUAUGGAUGUGGGAGUCUCUGUCAGUUGUGACAUGCUGCAGGUCAUUGGUAAUUGUUUAUGAAGGCAGUUGCCUUCUUCAAAUUGGGGUGGCGGCUGAAUCUAAUGGUGGCAACACCAUGGAGGUCGAUGCCCCUAAAUUAAUUCAAGGGCUGCUUUAUCAAGGUGUUGUGAAGUCUGGAGCCCAAAGUUACUUGGCCAACUUAUCUCUUUAUCCUGGAAAGUCUGAGUUGCCAUUUCUACCUUCAAAUAC